CACACCUGAGAGUCAGGUACCUGGUCUGGGUGGGUUGAGGCUCCUCCCUCCUCCUGCGCAGCUCUGCUCCGUCUGGCAGACUCUGUUUGUGCGCCUUCAGACUAGUUCAGCUGCCACGACGCAGAGCGCAAACAACCUGCGUCCACUUUUAUAUUAUCCAGACUCUCGUCUCGCUACAACUCUUUACUAUGACCACGGCUACAGAAAAUGCGUUUUUGUCCGCUUUACAGCCCAACAGUUCGGUCACCACCUACGGGCUCCCGUCAGACAUCCAGCUCAGGAACGGCGGCCCCGUGUCGGACGAGAUUACCAAAGCGCGGCGCGUCCAGGAGCAGGUCCAGAUGAGACUGGCACAGAAAUCCACACUUCCGCGUCAAAAUGGAUCAACCACCCAUUACGCGAUGUCAGACUAUGGCGGUUCUUCAACUAUGAAAUAUCAGACCUAUAAUCCAGGUUACAGCUCUAAGUCGUCCUACAUGUACUCAGGCUCCAAAACAAUGGGUCCACGAGUAGCCCAGAGGUCAGCCUUCAGCUGCCAGUCUGCCAGCCCAGUCAUGACCCAGUUCCAGAAAAUCAGUGUCGGGGGUGGAGGAGCUGGUGGUAGUGCUGGCGGUGGUUAUUACCGAGAAGACAUGCGCAUGGGCGGCUACCAAGGGAACGCCAGGCAGCAGAACCGAAUGGACCCGGAGACCGCCUCCCUGCAUUCACUCAGGCAGCCGACAAUGGUGGCGAAUGCCUGGAUGGUUGAUGGCAGCGAUGCUGGCAGCAUGGUUUCUGACCGGGAUGCCACCUACAGCCGCCAGUACUCUCAGAACACAAUGAAUGGCUACACCAGCCAGGUGAGGCAAGGAGGCUCCAUGACUUAUCAGGCACCCAUGCGCCGAUCUCUCAGUGGCACUCUCUCCCGUGGCGGAGGGAUGGCAGGAGGAGAAACAGAGGUCAUCCAGCAGCAACAUUCCUUCAAAGGUCCAGCCCACCGCACCAUCAACAGGAUUAACAACCGAAACCGGAUGAGCAUGAUCUCCAUGUCUGGUCCCAUGCAGCAGAUGUCGUCAGGUGGGAGCACCUAUGGCGGACUGGACAAGGUCGACAGAGGGUUCAUUGCAUCAGGAGUGUCCUCUGGUUCCCAGGGGAACCUGAUGAUGCAGCAGCGUCAGGGUACCCUGUCACGUGCCAUGUCAAUCAAAAGCAUGCAGAGUGUGGGCAAAGGUGUGGACAUCUACAAUGGGCAGAUGGAGAUGGGAGCUAGCAUGGGCAACCUCAGCGGGAUCAACAGCUUGGACAUGGCCACUGCAGUGCAGUACCUGAGAGAGCCCGACGCUGAUCUGCAGGUCCUGGGUGCUGCGUACAUUCAACAUGAGUGUUACAAUGACAGCGAUGCCAAAAAUGAGGUUCGUCUCUACAAGGGCAUCGGUGAGCUGGUGAAGCUGUUCAACUCCGAGAGCCAGGAAGUGCAGCGUUACGCCACUGGCGCCACACGCAACCUUAUCUACGAGAGUAUGGACAACAAAGUGGCCCUGAUCGACGAGGGCGGCAUCCCUCAGCUUGUCGAGGCACUAAAAGACCAAGACGAUGAGCUCCACAAGAACAUUACAGGUAUCAUGUGGAACCUUUCAUCCAAAGACAACCUGAAGGAGAAACUGGCCAGAGAAAUACUUCCUGAAUUGACAGAAAAGAUCCUCAUCCCUCUGUCAAGCAGCGGAGAUUCUGGGGUCAUCCAGCAGUCGCCCUCCGAGGCAGACAUCUUCUACAACACCACUGGAUGUCUCAGGAAUUUGAGCUCGAAUGAGAAGACCCGUCAACACAUGAGAGAAACAAACGGACUGGUGGAUGCUUUGGUGACCUACAUCAAGGCCUCGCUAGAGGAGAACAAGGGAGAAGACAAGGGGGUGGAAAACGCAGUGUGUGUCUUGAGGAACCUCUCCUACCAGCUCUUCAGUGAGAUGCCUCCAUCUGCUCUGCUACGCCUGGAAGGACCAACCAGAGCUCAGGACUCAGGGAAGGACUCCAUUGGUUGCUUUACACCUCAGAGCAGGAAAGCCAAAAAUAAGAAGAACCGGGAUCUCUCUACUUUCACUGAGGUUGCUCGUGUGCCAAAGGGGAUGGAGUGGCUGUGGCACCCUCAGAUAGUGGGUGUGUACAACCGUGUGCUGCAUCAGUGUGAGAUCAACGCCACCACCCGUGAGGCGGCUGCUGGAGCCCUGCAGAACAUCACAGCUGGAGACAAGAGGUGGGCUUCAGUGCUGAGUCAGGUGGCUCUGGAGCAGGAGCGCAUGCUGCCGGUGCUGCUGGACCUCCUGCGUACCAACAAUGACCUGGAGCUGCGUUCCCUCACAGGCUUUCUCCGAAAUUUGUCUCGCCAUGCCAGAGAUAAGAAUGAUAUGGCCACAAAGGUGGUGAACAACUUGGUGACCAAGCUGCCAACCGACGGACACCAGAAGGAGCCAUCCAGCGAGGUGGUGGUCAACAUCUGUGGCAUCCUCAAUAACUUAGUGACCAGCACCUCCGUCGCUGCCAGAGACAUCACCUUCUUUGAUGGUCUGACGAAACUGGUCGCCAUCAAGAACUCUCAUGACAGCAGCACUGCGAAGAUAAAAGCAUCCAAAGCAGCAGCCACAGUACUCAGCAACAUGUUCCAGUACAAGAAACUGCACAAAGACUACAAACAGAAAGGAUUUACAAGACCAGAUUUUGUGGAUACAACCGCCUAAAAGAAAGUGAUCAGUCCUGCACUCUACCAGCACCCUAUGAAGAAAUCUUUUGUCAACUGGGAGCACAUAAACCUUUUAUAGCAAUCAAAGAUACAAGGGCUUAGUUUUUAUCUGCCAUACUUUAAGAUAAGAAAAUGACUCUGCUAGCGAUGGAGGAUCCACCGGGGGGGAAAGGACUUCUUGUGAAUUUUAAAACUCGAUGGACUUCAGUGCAGAUGUGGAUCCAGCAUGUCGGACUGUUGAUGGAUUGAUGCAAAUGUGUGCACCUAAACCACCUCUUUGUUUAAACACUGUAUGAUUUAGUGCUGAAUCAGGGAUUUCUUUUCUGUCAGAGCAACAUUUUUUUAAAGAUGAAACUACAGCUGUUUGUGGUUCAGUUUGAAACUGUUGAUAGACAAUAUGACAGAGACGUUGUGCCUUGUUUUCUCACUGUUGCACCUCAUUUACAACAUGAGUGCCAAUAAAUAUGGUGCUGACAUGGCAUUUUUGUAAAUAUAGCUUCCUCUUUUACAAUUAAAUCAGAUGUAAUGUUUUAUAUACUGUACUUUUUUUUUGGAUAGAUACGUAUAUUCUAUCAGAAACAUUGUUGUUUAUAAAUGAGUCAAACUACUGAAACCAGGGGAGAUACAAUACAAAUUGAUGGAAUGUACAUUUUAAUACAUUUGAUUCAGAAAUCUUGGGAUAAUGGUUGUGCCUCCAAAAUUAAUUUUUGUGUUUAGUCAUGUGCUUUUCAAAGUUGCUGAAUCUUGUUAUACAAAAUGUGUGACGUUUGUAAUCACUUUGUCAAACAGAACAGAGUCUGUUUAACUGUUGCUUGUCUGAAUGAAUUUAUGGUGUGUAUGUGAAACACAGGGGUUAAAAAAGGUUGCAUUCUACUCUGUUUUCAGAACAAAUAUUUCUAUAUUUGUUUGGUAUUUUAAAUAUUUUUUUAAAUUAAUGUUUGGUAUUUAAAAUUGGCCUAUUGCAAAAUUUGGCACCUUUUUAGAUUUGAACCACAUCCCUGAAGUCUAUUUUUUUCAGAUUGGCUAGUUCAAUAUUACCAAAAUAUUUAGUCUAACUGGUUAGUAUUUAUACAAAGUUUGUUUUAAAAAAAACUCAAAUUGCAACUAUUAACUGCUCUGUGAUAUGCUGACCUUGUGUUUCUGUGUUUUGUUUAAAGCUGUAUUAAUAUUUGCUUUGAGUUGUGUACAGGCAGAUGUAUCAUCUGGAUAUUUUUCAGCUAAUAAAGACAGAUUUGA